AUUUAAUUUAUUUUUUUUAAUAUUAAGAAUUAGAAAGUAUAACGAGUAAGUUAAACUAGAAUUAAAAUCAAUAAAUUUCCAUAAAAAUGGACAACAGUGUGGUUACAAGGAAUGGAACUUUUAUGUUCCUUCUAUUACCAUCUGUAACUUGUCUUGUUUCCCGCUUCUACAACAAUUGGCGAGAGGGCGUUAUCGCACGGUGAGAUUUUUUUUCUCCUGUAUAACACAUUCAGUCAAAUCAAAACAUUCGUGUGAUUAUUCGUUGACCACAUGUUGUCUCGUCGUUUGAAAUUUAAUUUAAGUAACAAACUUCACGAAUAACACUCAGCGAAAGAAUAACAUCAAAAAUUUUUGCGAAUAAUGUCAACACGGAAAAGUACUCUGUACGUUAAGAAAUAAAUAAACCUCUCAAUAAUUAUUGUAAUUACUAUAUAAUUUAAAUCGAUUGUGAUGGAAACAAACAAGAUAAACAAGAUGAAUGAAUUGCAUGAUCAUUAUAUGCAAUUUUCGACAGUGGAUUUCACGCUUUUAUCAAGUGCAGCUGACAGAUGCAAAAGUGAUAUAUAUCAUGUGAUACAAUCUUGUACUUACGAGAUGAUCAAGGAGGAAUUGGAUAUGAAUAAACUCAAGCUCUGUAAGAUGAUAUUAUGUUAUGAAUAUCAAACCAUGCAUAGUAACCAAAUUACCAAAAAGUAUGUAGAGAUAUCUGGUAACAUAAAUGAUCUCUGCAUUCCUAACAUCAAGAUGAUCUUUCCAUCAAAUUGUUUACGAAACUCAUUGCAAGUUUCGCUGCUGUGUGACAUAAUCAUUCUGCAAAUAGUACUCUACUUUGAUAACAACUUCAGUAUGCAAUAUGUGAAGAACUUCCUUUAUUUGUAUGAAACUUAUUUUGUAAACAAUGAUUCUAAAAAUAUGUAUAUGGAGGUAUUGGGACACCUUAUAGAAAUUUUUCGCUUGCAACCUAAUCCUAAUCCGGAUAUAUGUGAUCUUAUUCCUAUAUAUCUGGAGAUUAUGAAGUCAUGGAUGAAUACAAAGAAAGAUUCCGAAUGGAGAACAUUUGCUACAAUACUUCCAAAAUUGGUAGACAUUUUUCCAUCUGAGUAUAUGGUGUUUCCACUGUGGGAUUAUGUUCUGUGUAAUAUAGAUGAUUUAAAGGAAUCUCUUACUGUUCUCAGUAUUAUGGCAGACACAUGUUUAUUACCAUCAAAUUCGAUGAAUUAUAUCCAUCGUGAUAUUUAUUGUAAAAAUACAUUCUGGUUAUUAAUAUUAAAGGGAUUACGAUCAUCUUUGCAACAAUAUCGCAAGCAAGCUUUAUAUGUGAUGAAGAAAGCAAUCAAUUCUAUGAGUGAAAACAUCAGAUCAGAGUUAAUAAAAUUGCAAUAUAUAAAGGAAGAAAUUACACCAUUUAUUUGUAUCGAAUCUGAUACGUUCUUAGUGGAUAAUAUUAAAGAAAAAUUCUAUCUAUUGUAUGAAGUAUUAGAAGAAAAACAGGAUCAUUUAGUAAUGCCAGCUUUAACUCACAUGACUGUUCUAGUAGAAACGAACAAAGAGCACAAAGUCUGUAAUUGCUUCGACAUUGUGUGGCUGCAAUGCAUUUUUGAAAAAAUCCUACUGCACGAGAACAAUCGUAUUGUAAAAUGGGGUAUAUCGUACGUUUGUAAAUUAGAUGAGACUGUAUUCAACGAUCAAUUUCUCAAGCUCUUUAUAAGUAUGCUGAACAACACUUUCCUUUACGAAUAUCAGACCGAUGAAAAAUAUCCAGGAAUUGUGAGAGAGCUCUCGGAAUUUUUUGAACGAGCACAAAAAAGUGAUCUACUCAACAAAUUUCUUAAGAGAAUCAAUGAAAUAGUCUGGGGUCCCGUAGCCAUAUUUUAUAUAAUAUAUGCGUUACGAAUCGCUUCAUCAAAACAGAAACAGCAUUGUACAUGGCAAACCGCUGAGUUGGAUGCCAUUAAAUCGUUAGUUCAAACAAAUCUGAGCAUGCAUUCCUAUAUUCUACGUACCACAUCCCAAAUUGAACUGUUGCAAGUGAUCCCCAAUUAUGUACAACAAAUAGACGACUUAUCAUUGCUCGCUAACGUUCUAGCUGCGUUUUCCUUUAGAAAAAGUCUCAACAGAAACACAGUUCCUUGGAACAUUAUUACGGCGUGGUUGUCAAGAAUUUUGUCAAAGAAAAAUGCAAUAACUUUCGUGGAAGAUACUUGCAUGCAAUAUUUGCACGUAGAAGCUAAUCCAGGGGUAAAUCUUAAGACGUUUGCGAUGCUAGUGUGUUUGUUAUAUGAUGCAAAGUUUAUAUUUUCGCAUAAGGAAUGUCCCGCCGCGAAAGCGUUGAACAAUUGGCUGAACAUUUUGAACAGUAUCACUGUGAGGCCUUACGCUGAUAUCCCUUCAAGUAUCAAUGCAGUAGAAUUCAUAUCCCAUUUAAUAGGCCAUGACAUGGAAAAUUGUAAUGACAACAUAACGAAGUUCAUAUCAUUACAUAUAAAAAAUACGUUUAAUUUUUUAAUUAAGAAUAUAAGAAAGAUGUCCACGGAGCUAACAUAUGAAGAUUACACAAGAUACACAAUUAUUGUAUCCUUUCAUAUCUAUAAAGCAUCUUUUUUCAUGUCGGAGAAGGAUGCACACAUUUAUGUAGAAAGAUUGCAAAAGGAAAGUAUAAAUUUAGUAAACGAUUUAAAACAUAAUCUAAACAUGCAAUAUUUGUAUGGAUUGCACGUCUUGUAUAUCUCUCAGAAAAUACUCGGAAACUCUUGGGAUAAUUAUAUGAAAGAUAUUUUACAUACGUCAUCAAUAAACAUUCAGCAAGAUGUGACCGACAUGAGAAAUUUAAGAGGAAAAAUUGCAUCGGAAUAUUUCUUGCUCCUUUCGAAACUUAUAUCUCAAUAUCUCGUAAAUAAUGUUUAUGAUUCUCUAGAGACAUUGGGGAUUCCUGUUAGUACGUUGCUAUCUAAUCUGCAACAGUUUCUUGAGUUAGGUCUACCAAAAAAUGUACCUGAAAUUAUAUUAAUACUAAGAAUGAUAAAUUAUAAGUUUAUAUGCGAAGAGAAUAAUGAAUAUAUAAACAAUAGAAAAACUUUUGAAUAUAUUUUCAAUUUGGGCUUUACAUGUAUCAUGGACAGUAAGAAGAAUAAUAUUUUCUGGACAGCAAUGGAGGAACUCGUGGGAGUUAUUAUAAGUAAUAAAUUUUUGCGUUUACCUAAUGCUGUAGAAUUCGUGAAAGGAUAUAUUGUUAAAUUACUGAACGAAGGAGAGAAUACACCGAGAUUUAAAAGGAUAAUACUUUCUGAAAUGCAAGAUUUAAAAGUAGAAAAUAUAAUGAAAUUAGAAGCGCUAUUAGUAAAUUGUCUCCUUCAUGGUUCUGUAUAUCGGCGUGAUAAGAAAAUUGAGACUAACGCUCAUUUGUUUAUUAUUAAGCACCUGAGCCAUUAUUAUCCCGAACAUAUCUUCACGAUAGAUAAUAAUAACGAUAUUGCAAUUAGAGCAGAGGCGGUUAUACUAUUACAUAAAAUAAUUAGUCAUCCAGAAAUAAAGUAUGUAGAAACAUUUACGCGGAUUGUAAUCAAUGCAUUGGAACAGAACAAAAACAGGCGAUACUUUAAAGAUUCCAUUUUGCAUAAAUUGAAACACAGACUAAUGCAAAUUUUAUUAAUAUUAGAACCAAUAUUGACUGCGGAAUUAACUUUUCUGGUAUAUAAAAAUUGUGAUUUCAUUUAUACGGAAAGCAAUCAGUCUAGUGUGAAAUUGAUGCAGGAAUGGUUGAUGAUACGAAUCUUGGUAAAGAAUAACGAUCUGCAUAAGGAACUAUGGUCACUUUUUGAGAAAAGUAUAGAAAGUCGACCGAGGUGUACGAUUUCUAUGGCAAGCAUCGUCUAUCACGUCUCAAAACUCCUCUCGAAUGAUAAUCAAAAAACUUUUAUUGAAACAGCACUGCCGUACAUAGUGCAAUGUUGCUUGGGGCAGCAAUUUAAUGCGCGCAUUUAUAAUCAGUUCGUCUUAACACGAUUGUGCGAAUUAAUGAAGGCAACAUACGGCGAUGACAGCAUAUCAGCCUACAAAGGUAUACAUCAGGCAGCAGCAAUUGCAACUUUACAGCAAGAAAAUUCGAUAAAAAAUUCAGGCAGGAUGCAAGAUGAUUUUUAUUUUUCCCACUUUCAUCCGAUCAACGAUUACAGCUUGCAGGCUAUUUAUUACGAAUUUCCACGUUUGACUAACGUGAGUUGCGAUGAAUGGAUUAGUCCGGAUGUGUUUAAAGAUUUGAUGUUUAAACAGCGUGACAGACAUCCUCUGCAGCUUUAUAAUACUGAUUCAUUACUUUCUAAAACAAAAUUUUCUAUUUAUUUGACAAAAUCGGUUACAGGUGAUGCACGUGGUGAAUCGUGUGAAAGUAAUGUUGAGAUUUGUUUAGAGGGUUUGUAUGAUAUUCAGAAAAAAAUUGAUCCUUCAAAGCCUCCAGAUUUAAACGAUGAUGUUUUCGGAAUGAUGAAAGAGUUCAUAUAUACACAAAAUAUACAAUUACAGGAAGGUUUAAUAGUUGUAGCAUCCUUUGUCGAUCGACCGCCGAAUUUAGGCGGUAUUGCUAGAACGUGUGAGAUAUUUGGAGUUAAAGCACUAGUCGUCGCAAAUGUAGAUUGCGUAAAGGAUAAAGAAUUUCAGAGUCUUAGUGUAUCCGCUGAUAAAUGGUUAAAUAUGAUACAGGUGAAGCCGCAUGAGUUACAGAAAUUUUUGUUGAACAAAAAAAAUGCAGGAUGGUCGUUAAUUGGUGCUGAACAAACAACCAAUAGCGUAAAUCUGAUGACAACACAUUUCCAGAAAAAGACAGUUCUCAUUUUGGGAAACGAGAAGGAUGGUAUACUAGCAAACUUCAUACCUCUGUUUGACAAAUGUGUGGAAAUACCACAAGUAGGUGUAACGCGAUCGUUGAAUGUUCAUGUUACCGCUGCAAUUUGCAUAUGGCAAUAUGCUAGUCAACAUAUA